AUGAAGCUCGCUGUCAUCCUCGCCCUGGCCACCCUGGCUCUCUGCUGCAGCCCUGCUUCUGCAGCGAUCUGCCUGAACUUUCUGAAUGUCAUCAAAACCCUCUUCACGGACACGCUCUCCAAUUACGAGGCUGCGAUUGAAUUUUUCGUCCCAGACGCCGACAUGAAAGAUGCGAUGAUCCAGCUGAAGAGUCUGGUGGACACCCUACCCUCAAACAUCACGGAGAACAUCCUAAAGUUCAUGAGUGAGGAGGUCUGCCACUGUGAGGGCCCCGGGUUCUUCUGCAUCCAGGUCAUCAUCAACUCACAUACCUUUGCCUCCCGUGAGCCCUCCACCUAG